AAUCUGGCCACCAUGCCUGAAUGGAGGAAGGUAAACGUCCUAAACGAAACAAAUUGUUUUGGUUUCCAUUAAUUUUCCAGCAGUAUGGAGAGUCAAUCCGGCGUUCAACAAAACAUUGUCAUCCGUCGUCGAUCUUCUCUGUACUCGUCUGGUCCUGGGUCUUCACCAAACAUCUACAAGCCAAGCUAUGAGAAGCAACUUUCGAACGAAAUCGAAAAUUGGAGCAGAUUACUACGGAAUAAAGUGAUGGAAAUCAAUGAGCAUAUGAACACACAAAUUCAGUUGGAUAAUUCUGUGCUGUCUACAGAACAACAGCAAUAUCUGGCAUUGGGACCAAAAGUGGACGAGUUUAGUAAGCAGUCCGAUGAAAUAAACAGCCUGUUGGAACGUUACAUUCAACGGAAAUCGUUUCUCGCUCAACGGUACGAUGCCAUCCUUGGGGAAGCUCGGGCUCAAGCGGACAAUAAGGCUCUUAGCAUUGCCGAAAAGAGGCUACUUUCGGAACAGAUAAAAUGAAUUCUAUUGUUUGUUAUUUCUGUGUUACUUGAUUUCAAUUCAUUGCCUUGAAGAUAUUUGUACAAUAAAAAAAACCGUGAAUGUGUAAUUA